AUGAAAUUCCAUCACCCUGGGAAGGCGAAAAAGCUUAAGCAAAGGCUAGGGUUUAAGGAAAAGCUCUCAGAUUACAGGUUACAAAGUAUUGCGGGUACUUACCGUAUAAUGUCUGGGCUUUCUGGGUUCCGUGCACUUGCUCCAAAGACCAAGAAUCUGGUUGUUGCUGGAGGCCUUUCAGCUUUUGUAUUUGGAGUGUAUUUCUACACAAUGAGAGCCGUUGGGGGUACAGAUGAACUUCAGAUUGCUAUCGACAAAUUUGAGGCCCAGAAAAAUAGGAAUGAGCCAGAAGCCACGUUGGCACCUAAAGCUUAA